GCGCUGGCUCGGUCAACGGAGUGACGCCUGGACCUCGGCCUGAGGAAACUCCUUCACAAGGAGAAAUGAAGAAGAAAUCGGUGUAUAAUCAGAAUGUGGGUGAUCAGGAGUGUGAAGAUAUGGAAGGUGAAGAAAACAGAAAUAAUGCUGGUACCUCUGGCCUAUUGUACAGUGAAGCAGACAGAUGUCCAAUAUGUCUUAGUUGCCUCUUAGGAAAGGAAGUUGGUUUUCCAGAAAGUUGCAAUCAUGUCUUCUGUAUGACCUGUAUUCUUAAAUGGGCAGAGAUACUGGCUUCUUGUCCAAUUGACCGGAAACCUUUUCAGGCCAUUUUUGAACUCAGUGUAUUUGAAGAUUGUGCUAAGAUUCAAGUAAAAAGACAAUUGAGAGAAAUAAAAGACAAGGAAAACGAAAGGUCUUUUAAGAAACAACUCUUUUAUCAUGAAAGUUCCAAAAGCGAUAAAAGAAUCUUUUCAAACAAUAAAAUGGGUGAGAAGAAAAACGCUACAGUAAAGACAAAUAAGGUUCGAAGAUCAAAUCAAUGUACAGAUCCUUGUAUCGGACAUUUCGUGUCCAGUUUGUUUUCAUGCGGCAGCCAUAAUGUGGGACCUCAAACCUAUAGAGCUACUGAAUCUGUAGAAGUCAGUGAAAUCAGUGCAUUGAUUAGGCAAAAACGACAGGAAUUGGAGUUGUCAUGGUUUCCUAAUACAUUACCUGGAAUUGGAAGAGUUGGUUUUGUACCUUGGAGUCCUGAGACAGAAGUCCUUCCAUUGAUUGCCUCUGUGUUGCCAAGGACUAUUUUUUCAGCAAGUACCAUGUCAUUAGAAAAUUUUGGUACUUCUCAUAAGGGAUGUGCAUUAGCACACACCCAAGGAGGAGGAGAAAAGAAGCAAACUUCGGGCACAUCCACUACCAGAGGAUCAAGACGAAAACCUGCAACAUCUGUUCCUACAAGGAGGUCCACACGAAACACAAGAGCAGAGACAGUCAGCCAGCCCCAGAAGUCCCCAGUGUCAAAUAAUUCUGAGUGGGAUGCCCCAGGGAACAGUAAUUCCUCUGUAAGUAUUUCCCCUCCAGCUGAAUCAGAAAAGCAAACAAGACAGGCUCCAAAACGGAAGGCCAUAAGGAGAGGACAAAAGCCACCUUCAUUGAAAAAGAAACUUCGGAAAUCUGUCCCUCCCCCUGAAAAAACAACAUCUAGUGAUUCCGUAGAGGAAGAAACAGUGGACUCUGACACACCGCCCAUGGUGCAGAAAGAGCAGCAAUCAGGAGUAGAAAGUAGUAGCAUUUCUUCUGUUCUGACAGAUGGGGAAAAUCAUUUGGUUAAUUGCUUGAAAAGCUGCAGUGAAGAAACAGAAGAAAAUGAACAAACCACGAAUCAUGAGCUAGAGGAAGAAGUAGAAUUUUUAUGUUCUGAAUCUUGCAGUCAGGAUCCUCCUGUGCUUGUUGGAGAGGAUACAGGUGUAGAGGCUAAGGAGUUGUGUGUAGACCAUGAGAUUGCUACAGAUACUCCUGUAAAAGGAAGUGAUCCGAUAGAACAUCAAGAGUAGGCGCCUGGAAGUUCAGAGUCAGAGGUCCUGGCACCUGUGUGUACAGAGAGUCCUCCUGAUGGUGUUUGUACGUGUCCAGCCUCUGACAUUGAAGGACCUCAGCCAGUGUCCAGUCCUCUGGGUGAAGUAUCUGAAAAUUCAGAGUCAGUGGUUAAUGAUGAAAAAAUAGAGGAGAGUCUUGUAGUAGAAAGCAACGAUUUGAAAGAUCCUUCAGUAAACAUAGAAGCAUCUGUAGAGAGCCCCAAAUUGGAAUCUUCUGAGGGUGAAAUUGCACACACACUGGACAGACACUGUGUUGCCAGCUCAGACACCGAAUUGCCUGAGCAUGUUCAAACUGAAAAUACAGAAAUAAUUCCAAUACGUGACAGUUCAGAAAAUGAAAGUUCCGGUGCUAUUCAAGAUUGUGAAGAUAAUUUAUUGAAGCAUAAUCUUGAUGACACCCAAUUGGACAAAUCUUUAGAGGAAAAGACAGAAUCUCUGAUUGAACAUCCCCUACCUAUAGAGUUACCUAACACAGAAGUUGAACAGAGUGAGAAACAUUUUAGUGAAGAUAAUAAUGAAACAGUACCUAUGGAGUGCGAUUCAUUUUGUAGUGACCAGAAUGAGUCUGAAAUGGAAUCAACUGUAAAUACUGAUUCUAAACAAUUGAAUGAAAAUUCUGUGACCCCCAGUUCUGAAAAUAAGCUGUCUUCUGAUCCUACAAUUGAGAAGGUUGAAACCGUAGCUCAACCACCUGAAAGCCUAGUGGAUACAGCCCCAAAGCCUCGUACUCGGAGAUCUAGAUUUCAUUCUCCAUCUACAACUUGGUCUCCUAACAAAGACACUGCACAAGAAAAGAGGCGGGCUCAGUCUCCAUCUCCAAAAAGAGAGACUGCAGUAGAAAGCAAGACUUCUCAGUCACCAUCACCCAAGAGAGAGUCUGCCAGAGGACGGAGAAAAUCUCGUUCUCUCUCACCAAAAAAGGAUGUGACAAGAGAGCGGGGGCAGUCUCGGUCUCCAAAGAGAGAGAGUGCUCGGGAAGCCAAAAGAUCGGAGUCAGUGUCCCCGAGAAGAGAUGCUCCUAGAGAGAACCAGAGAUCCCAAUCCAGAGCAAAAGAUUCUUCCUCAAGAGAAAAAUCUGGUAGGUCCCGGAGCAGAGAAAGAGAAAGUGAUAGAGAUGGGCAGAGGAGAGAUCGAGAUCGAGAGAGGAGAGCCAGAAGAUGGUCAAGGUCCAGAUCUCGCUCUCGAUCACCAUCAAGAUUGAGAACAAAAAGUAAGAGUUCAUCAUUUGGAAGAAAUGAAAGAGACAGUUACUCUCCUCGGUGGAAGGAAAGAUACAAUGAUGGUUGGAGGUGUCCUCGAGGAAAUGACCGCUACCGAAGGAAUGACUCAGAGAAACAGAAUGAAAAUACAAGAAAAGAAAAGAAUGACAUCAUUGCAGAUGCUAAUGAUCCAAAUUCCACAGAUAAGCAUAGAAAUGACUGUCCCAGUUGGGUAACGGAAAAAAUAAACUCUGGGCCAGAUCCAAGGACCAGAAAUCCUGAAAAGUUAAAAGAUUCCCACUGGGAAGAAAAUAGGAACGAAAAUUCAGGGAAUUCUUGGAGUAAAAACUUUGGCCCAGGCUGGAUGUCCAGCCGUGGUCGAGGUGGCCGAGGGAAAGGUACCUACAGAGGUAAUUUUGCCUAUAGUGACCAGAACGAGAACAGGUGGCAAAGCCGUACACCCCUCUCAGGGAGUGACUCCUUCAAGUCUGUGGAGCAGCAGCCAUCUAAGCGGAAAAGUGAGCAAGAUGUCUCUUUUGGUACGCCUGCAGACAGGUCGGGGUGGACGUCUGCGUCCAGUUGGGCAGUAAGAAAGACUCUGCCAGCAGAUGUACAGAACUAUUACUCUCGGCGUGGGAGGAAUUCUGCAGGUCCACAGUCUGGGUGGAUGAGACAAGAGGAGGAAACACCUGAACCGGAUGCUAACUUAAAAGACCAAACAAACCAAGUUGAUGGUUCUCAGCUACCUGUAAAUAUGAUGCAGCCACACAUGAACGUAAUUCCACCCCCAAUGAAUGCACAGCAUCAGCCUAUGAAUAUCUUCCCGUACCCAGUGGGUGUUCAUGCCCCUUUAAUGAAUAUGCAGCGUAACCCAUUCACCAUGCACCCUCAGCUGCCCCUGCAUCUCCACACAGGAGUGCCUCUCAUGCAGGUAGCUGCCCCUGCCAGUGUACCUCAGGGACUGCCACCACCACCCCCUCCUCCACCAUCCCAGCAGGUCAGCUAUGUGGCUUCACAACCAGAUGGAAAACAAGUACAGGGCCUUCCCAGUGCUUCUCAUGUAAGUAAAAACAUGGCUACACAAGUCUUGCCUGCUCCAUCAGCAGCCCCAGGAAACACAGGAUCAGUUCAGGGACCAAGUUCUGGUAAUACUUCGUCAUCAAGUCACGUCCAAGCCUCUAAUGCUGCUGUAAAAUUGGCAGAAAGCAAAGUAAGUGUUCCAGUGGAAGCCAGCGCAGAUAGCUCGAAGACAGACAAGAAAUUGCAAAUUCAAGAGAAAGUGGCACAGGAGGUGAAAUUGGCUAUUAAGCCGUUUUACCAAAAUAAAGACAUCACCAAGGAAGAGUACAAGGAGAUCGUGCGGAAAGCCGUGGACAAAGUUUGCCAUAGUAAGAGUGGAGAAGUCAAUUCUACUAAAGUGGCAAAUCUGGUUAAAGCCUAUGUAGACAAGUACAAAUACUCACGGAAGGGGAGCCAGAAGAAAGCUCUGGAAGAACCCAUGUCUACCGAGAAAAACAUAGGCUGACAUGGAGAGCGCUGUAAAGGACACUGUCGAUAUCUGCCAAGUGCAAUUCAACGUGUACGCAACUGUGAUCGAAAUCUGGUUUUGAUAAAAUUAUUUUUUUUAUUGUAGGAUAUAAUGUUUUGUUCUAAAUAUAGCUGUGCACUGCAACUUCUAUAUCUAACCCCCAACCCCAAUAAAACAAAUUCAAGGGAAAAAAAAAA